AUGGAUCUUCAGGAGACCCAACGUCUCCUGUCCGAGUACCUGCACGAGCUCGCGAACCUCUUCCACCGCGUCCCCGGCUCCGCCAUCUUUCUCCGAUAUGUGAAAUCCAGCUACCAAGAUGACCCAAUCCGAUCGGCGGUCGAGCUUUUCCUCUUUCUGUUUGCCGUGCGAUAUCUCCUCGCCCCAAAAUAUUCCACCAAGCCCGGCGUUGUGCCAUUGACCGAGGAUGAAAUUGACGACCUUGUGGAUGAGUGGACUCCUGAGCCUCUUGUCGGGAAGCCGAAUGCUUUAGAGGAAAUGGAGGUUGAUAAGCGUACGGUCAUUGUGGGCCCCGUCGGUCCCAAAUCUAAGCUCGCAAACGGUCGAACCGUUACCAAUCUCGGCUCUUUCAACUUCUACAAUUUCAACACAAACGAGGCCCUGAAGGAGAAGGCAAUCCAGACCCUUCGGAACUACGGUGUCGGACCCUGCGGCCCUCGCGGGUUCUACGGAACCCAAGAUGUGCAUAUGAAGACCGAGGCGGAUAUUUCCACAUUCCUGGGCACUGCUGCUUGUAUCAUGUACUCGCAGGCUUUUUCAACCAUUUCCAGUGUCAUUCCUGCGUUCUCGAAGCGUGGAGACAUCAUCGUUGCAGAUAAGGGUGUCAGCUUUGCUAUUCGGAAGGGAAUUCAGAUCUCGCGCAGUAUCGUUCGUUGGUACGAGCACAAUGAUAUGGAGGACCUGGAGCGCGUGCUGGCAAAAGUUACUAAGGAGCAGGCUCGGAAGCCGUUGACUCGGAGGUUCAUCAUUACCGAGGGUCUUUUCGAGUCUUAUGGUGACAUGGUGGAUUUGCCCAAGAUCAUCGAACUGCGUCUUAAGUACAAGUUCCGUCUCAUCUUGGACGAGACAUGGUCCUUCGGUGUUCUAGGCCGGACCGGCCGUGGUAUCACUGAGCACCAAAAUGUGGACGCCGCAGAAGUCGAUAUGAUUGUGGGGUCACUGGCUGGCCCUCUCGUGGGAGGUGGUGGUUUCUGUGCUGGAUCCGAGGAGAUCGUGCACCACCAGCGCAUUUCGGCUGCGGCAUACACGUUCUCUGCUGCUCUUCCUGCUUUGCUCUCCACCACUGCCAGCGAGACUAUCAACCUUCUUCAGCAUAGCCCCGACACGGUCUCUCAGCUUCGCGAUAUGACCAAGGCCAUGCGAGCCCAAUUGGACCCCCGCAGCGAUUGGGUUUACUGCACCAGUGCCAUCGAGAAUCCUAUUCUCAUUUUGGUCAUCAAGCCCGAGGUUAUUUCAUCGAAGAAGCUUUCAGAGAACGACCAACAGUUCCUGCUCCAAGAUGUUGUUGACGAGUGCCUUGCCAAUGGAGUUCUGAUCAGCCGACUCAAGACCCUGGAGGACAACUUCCAGCCCAAGCAGAUUGUUCCGCCUGGUUUGAAGGUGUGUGUGACUCUCGGCCUGACCAAGAAGGAGAUCGAGAAGGCCGGCACCACCAUCCGACAUGCCAUCACGAAGGUGAUGAGCAAGAAAAAAUGA